AUGUCAACGCCUCCCAACGUGGAAUCUUCAGCAUUGGACCCAUCAUCGCGCUUAGAUCGGCCCUUGCUCUUGUCGUUAACCCCUUUGGUUCUAUUGGGUGCCAACUACGAGGCACCCACGGGAACUCUCGUUGGUCGUGCCGGCUCUGCGGCAUCCCCAGAAUGCUCCCCAGGCAGAUCACCGAGUGCGUGCCUGCCUAUGGAGAGAUCAAGAAGAAGAGGCCCUGUCAAAUCAGUCUGGCUGGCAGACUGGGGUCGCGCCACGAUCGGCAGCCAAGGUCGCUGGGUUGUCGCCGCGGCAAGCCGGAACCUCAUCUGCGCAAUGCAUUGCAUGAGACCAGGCCCAGGUCUUCGAAUUGCUUCCAAGCCAGCCCUCUGGUCAAUGAUCUGGGGACCUGGUCAACACCCCAGCCCCGGACAGAAGAAGCCUCCGCCUACCAGCACGGGUCCUGAUGAUAAUUACUGGCAGAACUAAAGUUUGCAGCCAUUGCAUGUCGUAUUGGGCUGCCACCACACGUAGCAAUAAUUGCCUCUCUGGGGACUUCUGGCAUCCACUUGUCCCAAAACCACCCGAUCCACCGUGGAACCAAAGCACUUGAUACCUUAUACGGAAGACAAAGGCACCGUCGAGUCAUGACUGGACCCGUCCGGGACCGCCAGCACGCUCAACUGGCCUCACCGCAAUCGUCCAGUCCACUCGAUCCCCAAUAAUCCUCGAUGACGACAGCGUCGCUCUUGCAAGCCCAUCAACCUGGCUCGUGC